GUUGAAGUGCUCAAUCAUUAUUGUAAAAAUUGUUAGCGAUCGACAAAGAAAUAAAUGAGAAAGACUUAUAAAUUUUGGAUAGGUCAAUCCCCUACAGCAUUGAAUGUGUUUCCGCCCCUGCUUUACUCCUACGUCUUAUCUAAUUUGUUAGAGCAGAAUACUCAUUUUUCCUAAGUGUAAGCAAACAAGUUAACAAAUCUGUCAAAAAUGAUCAACGUUGCUGCUGCUUCUUCUUCUUCUUCUCUGAUGCCGUCUCCUAAAAAAUAUGAUGUUUUUCUUAGCUUUCGAGGUGAAGAUACUCGCGACAACAUCACAAGCCAUCUUUGUGAAGCAUUGAACCAAAAGAAAGUUGAAACAUAUAUAGACUACAGGCUUGAAAAAGGAGAGGGGAUAGGGCCAUCACUCAUCACAGCCAUUGAAGAGUCACAUGUUUCUGUUGUCAUAUUUUCAGAAAACUAUGCUUCAUCCAAGUGGUGUUUGGAUGAAAUUGUGAAGAUCAUGGAAUGUAAGAAAGAUCGGGGACAAAUUGUGAUACCUGUGUUCUAUAAAAUAGAUCCAUCACAUGUGAGAAAUCAGAGAGGAACGUACAAGAAAUGGUUUGCAAAACAUGAGUCAGAUCUCAUGAGCAACAGUAGUCAAAAUAGGGUGUUCAAUUGGAGAAGUGCUGUCACAGAAGCUGCCAAUUUGGCUGGAUGGGACUUUCAAACUUAUAGGUCUGAAUCUCAAUUCAUCAAAGACAUUGUUAAAGACAUUUUGCAACGACUGAAUUUUGUUCAACCAAUUGAGUUGAAGGGAGUGGUUGGGAUUGAGGAAAAUUAUGAAGGUGUUAAAUCAUUAUUAGAAAUGGGAUCAAAAGAAGUUAAAAGGAUUGGGAUAUGGGGCAUGGGUGGCAUAGGGAAGACCACCCUAGCAAUUGCUUUACAUGCCAAACUAUUUUCUCAAUUUGAAGGUCAUUGCUUUUUGGCCAAUGUAAGGGAACAAACAGAAAAGAAUAGUAUAGAUUUCUUGCGCAACAAGCUUUUUUCAGAGCUGUUAGAGGAAGAGAAUCUCCAUGUUGAUGUACCCAAAGUUGAAUACCGUCAUGUUAACAAUAGGCUUAGACGUAAAAAAGUUCUUAUUGUUUUGGAUAAUGUGGCUAACUCAGAGCAGUUAGAUGAUCUAAUCAGUGACAGUGAUUAUGAAUGUUUGGGACCAGGAAGUAGAGUGAUUGUAACAACCAGAGAUAAGCAUAUAACUAGCAAUGUUGAUGAAAUAUACGAGGUCAAGGAAUUGAAUAAGCACAACUCUCUUCAGCUUUUCUGUUUGACUGUAUUCAAAGAAAAGCAUCCUAAAAGUGGAUAUGAAGAGCUCUCAGAAAGUGUUAUUGCCUAUUGCAAAGGCAAUCCUUUGGCUUUAAAAGUUUUGGGUGCACGUCUUCGUUCAAGAAGUAAAGAAGCAUGGAAAAAUGAAUUGGAAAAACUCCAGAAGAUUCCAGAAAUGAAAAUUCAGAAUGUGUUAAAAUUGAGUUAUGAUGACUUAGAUAGUGAUGAACAAAACAUAUUUCUAGACAUAGCAUGCUUCGUCAAAGGAGAAUCUAAAGAUCGCGUGACAAGCUUUUUGAAAGCUUGUAAUUUCUUCCCGGGCAUUAGGAUAGAUGACCUUGUCGAAAAGUCUCUUGUAACCAUUUCAAAUAAGGGUACGAUACAAAUGCACGACUUAAUACAAGAAAUGGGUUGGAAUAUUGUUCAUCAAGAAUCUCCCAAAGAUCCUGGAAGCAGAAGUCGAUUGUGGGAUCCCAAGGAAGUGUACGAUGGAACUGAAUCUGUGGAAGGCAUAACUUUAGAUGUGUCUAAAAUUGAGGAUCUACAUUUGAGUUCUAAUUCUUUUUCAAAAAUGUCAGAGAUGAGAUUUCUUAAAUUCUAUUAUGGGAAGUACAACGGGACAAGUAAUAUAUAUCUUCCUGAAGGUCUGGACUCAUUGUCUGACAAAUUGAGGUACCUUGAGUGGCAUAGAUACUGUCUGAAGUCUUUGCCAUUAAAAUUCGAUGCUAACUUGCUUGUAGAGCUUUGCAUGCCUUAUAGCAACCUUCAAAAGCUUUGGGACGGAGUUCAGAAUCUUGUGAAUUUGAAGGAAAUUGACCUUAGAUUCUGCAAAGAGCUGGUUGAGGUACCAGAUUUGUCUAUGGCUAAGAAUUUGGAAGGAUUAUCACUUUCCCAAUGUAAAAAUCUGCGUGAAAUCCAUCCUUCUAUUUUAUCACUCGACAAGCUUCAAGAUCUCGAAUUAGAAGGUUGUAAAAAGAUUACAAGUCUUCAGACUGACAAUCAUUUAGAGUCUCUCCAAAGCAUCACACUCAGCAACUGCUCAUCUCUCAGAGAAUUUUCAGUCACCUCUAACAAUCUCAAGAAUCUUUGGCUCGAUGGUACAUCUAUCGAAGAAUUGCCCUCGUCAAUUUGGUGUUGCCAGAAACUGAAGAUGAUUGAUCUACACAAUUGUGACAAUCUUCUAGGUUUUGGGGACAAUAUUGAAAACUAUAUAGAAAUUGGAUCUCUUAAUACUCUGGUCCUUUCUGGGUGCAAACAACUCAAUGCAUCAAAUCUCUAUUUCAACAUCAAAGCAUGGCAAUCAACUUUAACCUCGCUGAAUUUGGAAAACUGUUGCAACUUAAAGGCACUACCUGACAACAUUGGUUUAUUAUCAUCGUUGCAACGCUUAAGGCUAAGUGGAAGCAAUGUUGAGAGUUUGACACCAAACAUAAAAAAUCUCAACAACCUCAAAGAACUAAGGUUAGACUACUGCAAGAAACUCGUGUCCGUAUCUGUGUCUGACUUUCCACCGUCACUGCGAUUGUUUAGUGCUAUUAACUGCAUUUCUCUUGUCACUGACCUUACUACAUUGGACAUACCCUUUGAACAUAGAUCGAAACCUCAACCAUAUCCUCAAUCUGUGUUCUUCCCUGGAACUCAUGUUCCUAAAAGAUUUAGUUUUUGUUCUGAAGAAAAUCAUCCUCAGUGUUCAACUUCUGAAGUAACAGUUGGGCAUCUUCCUGAAUCUGGUUUAUACGGUUUUGUGUUGUGCCUGGUCCUUUCCAAGUCAAAUGACAAGUACGGAGCUAUUCAGUGCAACAUUUACCAAAAUUCAAAAUACAUAGGUGGAAAAGCUACCUCUUUGGGUAAUUUACAUUUGGUUAGGGAUCACGUGUUUCUUUGGUAUCUUGAUAUUAGAGGUGGUGCUACACACAUUUCUUUGCAUGGCCAAAUACAAAAACGUGGAGGGUGGGAUAAUCCUUACAACAUGUCCUUUCAAUUUUCACUUGAAAAUGAGGAGGGAGAAUGGUCAACAGAGAGGAUAAAAGGUUGUGGGGUGUUACCACUUUAUCACUUAGAAGAAUCCAACAACUAUGAUGAGAUGAAUGAGUUGCAAGUCACAGAAAUUGGAUCUUAUCAUGUAAAUGAAGAGGACCAGACUAAGAAAUUACAUCAAGUUACGGUUGCGACUUGCAUUAAAGACGAAAAACUAGACUCCAAUAAAACGUCUUCGUCUCACAUCUUUGUAGUUCCAACAGCAACAAAUAUAAAUGGUUGCACGAGAAAACCACAAUGUUUGGAGGAAGAGGAAUGCUAUGCAAGUUCUGUCAAAAAAUUAAAUGCUUGCUAUACAAAUACAAGUUCAGCACCUACGAAUCAAGUAAGCCACUCAUCUGCAUAA